AUGGGUCGUACUGUUGACCAGGAAGUCCACGCGGCGUUUGUCGAGUUCCGCGCCAAGGAAGAUGACAAGUGUCUUUCUGUCCAGUGUAUAUACUGCCAACAGAUUCGCGCAAAGAACACUUCUCGACAGAAGCAACAUCUUCUUGAAUGCCCUGGCCUGCGCGGCCAUCCUAACGCGCCCCAGGCCGCCCAGGCCGCGCAGGCCCCCAAUGGUAUCGGGCCUUCCAAUGGAUACCCUGGCACCCCCAAUGGCCCUAAUACCUCUGCAACAGGCCAAACUGGCCCUACCAUCCCCACACCCAAUGGCUCUAUGAUCACCAAUGGCGUCAAUCCUCAUGCCACUCCGCUCGGAACUCCACUGUCUACUUUGCAGAGCCGCCCGCCGAUGGCCACGCCCGGCCCACCACCUGUCGGCGCACCCCCAGGCUCUGCGCCUUCUUCACUGCCUCCGCCUCGAUCAACCCCCAAGCCCAAGUCUAAGCCCAGUACUUCGAGUUUGCCUGCGCCGCCGUUGGAUGAUGUGCACGCGGCCUUUGUUGAGUUCCGCGCCAAAGAAGAGGAUAAGUGCUUGUCUGUGCAAUGCAUCUACUGCCAACAAGUGCGCGCAAAGAACACCAGUCGCCAGCGCCAACACUUGCUAGAAUGCCCUACUUAUCUGAGUGUUAUGAAGGAUUCGAUUCCUGCCAACAAUCUUCUGCACACAUUCCCCGAGGGUGAUGUUGCGCGUUCACUUCAAAUUCCCGCCCCAACUCUCGAGCUGGAUUUCCGCAUGAGCAUUAAGAUGAACCCCAAGGUUCCUGUCGGCCAGAGCAUUUGGGGCCACCGCGAGUGGGUUUCAUUUGUUGGUGGUCAGUGGGCCGGUCGAUGGGGCAAGGGUAUUGUUCUGCCUGGUGGCCAAGACACCCAGAUCGUCACCAAGGACCAGAACACCCACCUUCGUGCGAACUAUCUGCUCCAGACUGCCGAAGAACCCCCAGCUUUUAUCGUUGUCAAGGCCGAGGGCUGGCUCACCGGUGCCAAGGAUGUCCUCGAAAAGGUUAAUGACCAGGGUCAGGCUGAUGGCAUCAACCCCGGCAGCUACAAAUACCGCAUCAAUCUGUCCAUGGAGACAGGUGAUGAACGAUUCACCUUUCUCAACACCCUCAUGUGGAUUGGCAGCGGUUGCCGCCGCGGUCAAGAAGUUAUUUUCGAUGCAUUCCGCGUCAACUAA